CUUCAGUCAGUGCCUCUGGGACUUCCCCAAGGACUUACGCCGUGGGAGAAGACGCUGCCAGAGAUCCUCCGCGAGGUUGGCUACACGAGCGCACACUUUGGCAAGUGGCAUCUCGGCGAUGUCCCCGGCCGCUAUCCAUCGGACCGUGGCUUCGACGAGUGGUACGGCAUCCCCCGGACGACUGAUGAGACACAGUUCCCCACAGCGACCGGCUUCGCGAGUGAUGCGGCCGAGUUUGGGUACAUCAUGAAGGGUGAGGCUGGUAGUGAGUCGGAGCAGGUCUGCAUCUACGACCUCGAGCAGCGACGGUGCAUCGACCACGACCUGGUGGAAAAGUCGAAAGAUUGGCUGAGUCGAAGGGUCUCUGCUGAGGCUGGGCAGAAGCCUUUCUUCCUGUACCACCCGCUGGUUCACCUGCACUUCCCGACUCUCCCUCAUGCCGACUUUGCUGGCAGAACCAUGAAUGGCGACUUUGCCGAUUCCAUGGUCGAGAUGGACCACCGCGUCGGUCAGCUCCUGGAUCAUAUCGACACGUUUCCCGCAGCCGUUCGCGACAACACGGUCGUCAUCUUUGCCUCCGACAACGGACCCGAAUUUCGCCCACCGUACCGUGGAACUGCAGGGCCAUGGACAGGUACAUACCACACAGCCAUGGAAGGAAGCCUGCGUGUCCCAUUCAUGAUCCGUUGGCCCGGCAAGGUGCCCCAAGGCGUUACCUCAAACGACAUCGUACAUGUCACCGAUAUCUUCAGCACAAUUAUCUCCAUCGCGGGAGCUCAGGUGCCGCAAGACCGGCCUAUCGACGGCGUCGAUCAGACAGCGUUCUUCCAGAACCCAAAUAACACCAAGUCUCCGCGGGACGGCUUCCUAUUUUACAUCAAGAACGACCUCCGCGCGGUCAAGUGGCGGGAUUGGAAGCUGCACUUCUAUUGGGAGCCCAAAGUCAACGAGGGGCAGGGCAAGCUGGAGAGUCCAUAUCUGUUCAAUGUGACGAGGGAUCCUAAAGAGGAGUCGGACGUACUGGUAUUUAACACGUGGGUACUGCAGCCAAUGCUCAAGAUGCGGGCACACUUCGCAAAGAGUUUGCGGAAUGACCCGGCGCCGCCAGACCCGAUGAAGGCGGACUGGUAAGCGGGGCGGACCGGGAACACAAGAAAUACGAUCAAAAAUCAAUAUAUAACGCGA